UUUUGAGCUUGCCGGGCUGGUGUUGUGAGCCAAGAGGUUGACGGGUCUGGAUCUUGAUCCGAGUGUAGGCGAAAUUGCUCGGCCUGGAGUGAUUUGGUCUGCGCUCGAGACUGCGCUGGCAGAGGGCGCGAGCAGAGCGGGCUGCGAAACAAUGGCUGUACGCCAGAUGCGGUCCGAUGAAGGAGAUCGAGGCGGAAGGGGAGAAGGUUGGCAGUGAGGAAGCCAAGGUGAUUGGAGCGAAGGUGUGAGUCGUGAGUGUCGUGUGCACCAGGGGUCGCGGCCGCAGGCACAACUUGGACUUUUCGCAGAAAGUUCAUGAUAGAACGUGCGUGCGAUUCUCGUGCGGCAGCACAGCCAAUGCCGAAUUCAUUGGCGCAGCGCUCAUUCUCCACUCACGACUUUAAUGGCGUCUCAUUUCGCAGUCGAUGCUCAUAUCUCUGUGCGGGCACGCACACCACAGGCUGCUGGGAUCAACUCCGAUCCUACUCACCUCCAUCGUCAGCAAGCGUCGCUAGACUGGUUCACCCACCAUUAGGUUCUGUGGCCUAGUGCAGCCCAGUCAGCACACCGAAGCAACACGGCACAGCUCAAGAU